CCCGCACCAAUCAAAAUGCCGCAGGCGGACAUAAAUACGGUGCCGCCAGUGUGCAAAAUAUCAAUUCACCCUGAAUUGCCUUUGUGUUCAGACGUAUUUUCUCUGAAAACAACCAUGCCUCCUAAAGCAAGUGGCAAAGCCGUGAAGAAAGCCGGCAAGGCUCAAAAGAACAUUACCAAGACCGACAAGAAAAAGAAGCGCAAGAGGAAGGAGAGCUAUGCCAUCUACAUCUACAAAGUGUUGAAGCAAGUGCACCCCGACACUGGAGUCUCCAGCAAGGCCAUGAGCAUCAUGAAUUCGUUCGUGAACGACAUCUUCGAGCGCAUCGCUGCCGAAUCUUCCCGCUUGGCCCACUACAACAAGAGGUCCACCAUCACCUCCCGGGAGAUCCAAACUGCCGUCAGGCUUCUCCUUCCUGGUGAACUCGCCAAGCACGCCGUCUCUGAAGGCACCAAGGCUGUCACCAAGUACACCAGCUCCAAGUAAAUUCUGUCCAUCCUCACGAAAACAAUCGGCCCUUUUCAGGGCCA